AUGAACACCCUUAUCAACUCCAUGCCAUCCCAGAACGGUCGCCCAAAGACAGAGCUGUACAUUUCUUGCAAUGAUGCUGGAGUCGCUCAGUACAAGUGCGAUAAUGAUAUCGCAUUUGAGGUUGAUUUGCCCAAUGACGCCGGAUCCUUCAUCAACUUCUGCCCUCCCUUCUGGAAGCAACCCCGGUUUGAUGUGUGGAAGAAGGCUGCAGCAAGCGAAAAACACUCAAACAAUGGUGGCCCAGCGGAUGUUAGCGAGUCUGACUGGGAGACUGUACGCAACCUGGAGCGGUAUGGAUUUGGUACUGAUGCAAGCACUAUAUUCCACGAGCUGACCCACGCGAAUUGGAUUGGUAACACCAACCCUCUCGUCAACGGAAAGCCUACGCCUGACGAUAACACCGGCUUUUAUAUCAAUUCCCAAAUGUCUAAAAAGUGCCUUUCAAACAGCGCCAAUUGCAAGGACCUAAUUAAAAACGCCGAGUCGUUCACUUGGUAUGCCCAAUACGGCUAUUUCCGCCGCCGUGUGACUCCACGAGCUGAGAUCUGGCCGCUUUGGGGACCUCAGCAAAAGCCUAUUGUCUUGCCUGUGUAG